AUGGCUGAACCGCACAACACCCCGUAUCCACCCGCAACACCGCAAUGUCAAACACCUCGCUCCUCACCGCCGCGUCCUCACCAGGCCAUGACAGCCGGAGCCUUAACCGCAGGAGUCGCGGCAUCGGCAACCGCAGACGGCACGCACGUGAAGCCCAGAGUGCUUCACAUCGGCGACCCAAUCAAGUACAACCCACAUGCCUACGCCGCCUUCGCGGCGCGGUGCGAGAUCAUCCGACCCACGACGCCCGAGCGCCAGCGCCCCGCCUUCGCCGCGGCGCUCCGGGACGGCAAGUGGGGUGACUUUUCCGCCGUGUUCCGGCCGUUCUGGGGCACCGGCGGAGAGAUGGGCAACUGGGACGCCGAGCUGAUUCCGCUGCUGCCCGCGAGUUGUCGGGUAUUUGCGAGCGCCGGUGCGGGCUUCGACUGGGCCGACACGCGACUUCUCGGAGAACGGGGAAUCAUAUAUUGCAAUUCCGGUCUCGCGGCCGCCGAGGCAGUGGCAGAUUUCGCCGUCGCCCUCGUCAUAUCAACCUUUCGCCACCUCCCGUGGUGCAUGACCGCCGCCUCCGACCCCGCAGCCUUCCAGGACUGCCACGCUGGCGCCACAGCCGUCUCGCACAGCUUGCGCGGCCACGUUCUUGGCUUGAUCGGGAUGGGAAACAUCGGCCAGCAGGUCGCCCAGCGACUCGGCCUCGGAUUCCGCAUGGACGUGCACUAUUUCGACAUUGUUCGCAAGGAUGCCGCCAUGGAGACUGUAUCGGACGCGACGUUCCACGAGACGCUCGAGUCGCUGCUCGGGGUCUCGGACUGCGUAGUACUGUGCACCCCGGCCGGUGGCAAGAUGAUCACGGCCGAGUCCCUGGCCUGGUUCAAGCCCGGCUCGCGGUUCGUCAACGUCGCGAGGGGGAGCCUCGUGGACGAGAACGCCCUGGCCGACGCGCUGGAGUCCGGGCGGAUUGGGAGCGCCGCGCUGGAUGUGCACGCCGACGAGCCGAGGCCCCAUCCGCGGCUGCUGAGGCUUGCCGAGACCAAGGUCAUGUUGACAUGCCACAACGCCGGCGGGACGGUCGAGACGCACAAAGGGUUUGAGAAGCUGAGCAUGGAGAACAUUAUGGCCGUGCUGAGCGGUGGCAAGCCCAUCACGCCGGUAAACUUACACCAUCUAAAACAGUAA